GUCAAAUAAGCGGAUGAACAUAUUGUCGCUGAUGUUUAAUAGUCGGUGUGAAAGCUCGUUUUAAAAACACACGUAGCAGCAGACAGACAGACGGACGGACGGACCGAGGAGGAUGUUCGGUGUCGGCUGGUUGAAUUCGCACUAAGUCAGCCACAUUCCGCCUUUUACUUGUGGCGUUGAGGAGGAGCUCAGUUGUUUAUUCAUUCACGUCAGCCCCUCUCGCCUUCCCUUCCCUCCUUCCUGCUACAACACAACGGGGACCCACCGUUGUUAACUGUUUUUUUCCCCCCCCCCUACAUCCAAAUUAACCACAAUCACGUCGCCACCAUAAACCGAUUUUGGAACCAGUGUGUGACUUCCUGUCUGCUCUGUGCUGAAUUCGGUGGAAUUGCUACGCCGUGCUCCGGUGUCCAGCAGAAAUAACAGUCCUGCAUAUCUGCUCCGAGCAAAUACGCAACGUAGUGGAGCAAGUGGAAGUGAAGGCAUAGACUAGAGUGAAACCUAUGAGCUCGGACGGACCUUUCAGACGUAUCUGGUGGAAUCCAGCAGUUAUACUGGUUUUAAGGAGGAGGCGAGCCGGCGCCUGGGUAGAUGUGAGCCCAAGGUAAUGGCCAGGCUGGUGGACAUAGGCACACAGACAGAUCCAGUAGUUGUGCUGUCCUUGGCCCAGGCUGCCGUGCUAGGUCUCAUCUCCCAGAAUGAAGUGUUUGGAGCUACCAUUGCACCUAACGGCUUCUACACCGGUGAACCCAAAGAGUCCCCUGCGCCACCAGUAGACGGAGUCGACUACGAGUACGCAGACCAGCUUAUCGGAGCCAACGGAGAUUACCUCGGAGAUAACUUGGGAGAAGACGGUCAGAUGCAACCCAGCUGCAGUCAGAGGAGGUGGCAGCAGGGGCCGCCCCAACAUCCGGAUGCGAAAAUGGUCGGCCCAGAUCGUCACGGCCUGCAAGGCGGUGACGUGUCCUCGUCCCAUGUGAAAGGGGAAGGGGUGAACUCUGGAAUGUCCUCCUGCGUCCACAUGCUUAAUAAUUUGGCACCCAGAGGUGGUUUGGUACAGGUGGAUCCAGCCUCCCUCAGAGGCACCAACAAGAACUGUUCAGAGUGUGAGCGGGAGGCGUCCACACAGCAGCAAGCCGGCACACAUGUUCACCCUCCUCCCCCCCAGGUGGUCCACAGAGGCGGGGAGCAGCAGGGCCACAGGGGACUGCAGGGCCAACGCCCUAUGGGGGGCCACGUUCGAAGUGGCAGAGAGGAUGAAGAGGAGGUAGAACACCAGGGGAACAACAUGAUGAAGCCCACACAGCAGGAGGAAGCUAUCAGCAGCUACUUCCAGACCAGUGAAGUGGGCAGCUAUGAUUCUACAGAAAUGGGCAUGGGGGGCGAGUACGAAGACGGCAGCCAGAACAUGAUGUGGACAGACGGGAGUGGAGGUGGGCAGCAACCGCAGCCUCCGCACCCGCAGCCUCCUCGACGGCACGGCGGCCGCAGAGUGGACCGGCUGGAUAUCAACAUCCAGAUCGAUGAAUCUUACUGCGUGGACGUGGGAGAUGGUCUGAAGCGCUGGAAGUGCCGCAUGUGUGAUAAAUCGUACACCUCCAAGUACAACCUGGUCACACACAUCCUGGGCCACAACGGCAUCAAACCACACGCCUGUCCACACUGCGGGAAACUCUUCAAGCAGCCCAGUCAUCUUCAAACCCACCUGCUCACCCACCAAGGUACGCGGCCCCACAAGUGCACCGUCUGCAAGAAGGGCUUCACCCAGACGAGCCACCUGAAGCGACACAUGCUGCAACACACUGACGUCAAACCCUACAGCUGCCGCUUCUGCCGCCGCGGCUUCGCCUACCCCAGCGAGCUACGAGCGCACGAGGUGAAGCACGAGCGCGGACGCUGCCAUGUCUGCUCGCAGUGCGGCAUGGAGUUCCCCACCUACGCCCACCUCAAGCGUCACCAGACCAGCCACCAGGGCCCCCACACCUUCCAGUGCACCGAGUGCAACAAGUCGUUCGCCUACCGUAGCCAGCUUCAGAACCACCUCCUGAAGCACCAGAGCCCGAGGCCUUACACUUGCUCCCAGUGCGGCCUGGAGUUCGUGCAGCUCCACCACCUACGUCAGCACUCGCUCACUCAUAAGGGGAUGAAGGGCCACAAGUGUGACGUGUGCUCUCGGGAGUUCACCCUGUCGGCCAACCUGAAGAGGCACAUGCUCAUCCACAACAGCGUCCGGCCCUUCCAGUGUCACGUCUGCUUCAAGAGCUUCAUCCAGAAACAGACUCUCAAGACCCACAUGAUCGUCCACCUGCCCGUGAAGCCGUUCAAAUGCAAGGUAUGUGGCAAGUCUUUCAACAGAAUGUACAACCUGCUGGGGCACAUGCAUCUCCACGCAGGCAGCAAGCCCUUCAAGUGUCCUUACUGCACCAGUAAGUUCAACCUGAAGGGAAACCUCAGCAGGCACAUGAAGGUCAAGCACGGCAUGGACGUCUCACCAGAAGGACAAGAAGUUCUUCCAGAAAUGGAUAACCAGGGGGAGUAUGAAGGACAGAACUUCAGCUUUACAUCACCAGACAGUAUGGACAAUGGUGGCUCCCAAAACCUCACUAAACUUACUACAGCAAACAUGGAGGACAUGGAGGAGUAUUACAAUUUCGGGAAGGAUACGAGCAGCUACACUACACCCUGAGAGGUGACGGACCAGAGGACAUGUUUUGGGUUUUUCUCGAAAAAGGCAAAAGGAAAGUACAGAGUUGUUUGGGAGACACCGGGGGAAGGGGUUUUCAUUUAGUUUUGGCCUCCUUCCAGAAGAGCCAGAACUGCCGGACUCUGAUGGGAGGCCAGGAAGGAGACGCACUUCAAAGGAGACGUUUCAGCUCUGCUGCCCACAGCAGAGACACACUGAGACUGUUGACGCGCUCUGGAGCUCCUUUUUUGGGGAUUACUGCGCUCACCGACUCAAAAAGACUCUCACUGGCGGACAGUCGAAUCUCUAUGUUGUGUGUAUGUAUCAGUUAUUUGAGAAAAAAAAAAAGAGAAAACACUUGCAGCUGCAGAGCCCUCAGUUACGUUCGAUGUGAUAGAAAUUUGUUUACCAUUUUGCCAAUUUUUUUUUUCUCGUCAUUCACAACCAAUGUAUGCCCUUAUAAUUUUGACUGAAAGUGCCAGCUAGAUACAUUCGCGAUGACGCUUCCACCGUGUCAGCUAUUUACUCACUGUAUAUCUAACUUUUGAUACAUAGUCACAACAUACUCAUAGGUUUGAAUGCUCUUACUAAACAGUUCCUAAUUGUAGUUUCCCGUUUCCUGCGCGGCGCUCAGUUUGAAACAGGCCGGUCAGGACGUUGCACGGGACGUUGAAGCCUUUAUUUUGACGGGGCACUUGCUACCAAAGUUGCUACUGUCCCAUGUCGGCUGGUACCAGAAAACAAAAGUUACCGACAUGUAAAGCCCCCCUGCCAUGUCCUCACUGUACAAAUGAUUCUUCGACAUGCAGUGUGUUCACCCACAGAUCUUUUUAGUUUCACAUGGUUUAGCUUUAUUAUUGAUCUAUCCCGUGUAGUGAAUAUACUGCUCUAGUUUUUGAAUUACCGAGUGAACAAUACAAAAGCACUUUUUUCAUCGAGGCCCGUCAUUUUUUCUGUGAAGGCUGUUCUUCGGCAGCGGUGAACUCAGUUGCCUCGAGGAAGAGCUGAAGGAGACGAAGAUCGUAGAUUCUUCCAAACCUCCAUAACGGCAAUAUUAUUAAACACAAACGGCUUCUCAGUAGGGUUUCGUUUUGUUUUGUUUUUUGUAAACUGCAGUUUUCUUGAUAUGGAUAUUUCACAGCUGUCAGUUCAGAUGCAAAUUGAAGAAUGAGCAGUUUGUACGGAGAUUUUUUUUCAUUGUUUGUAGUUUCAGCGCUCCUAAAUCCAGGACUGAUUUCACUUCGCUUUCAAUUCAGUUAGUUCAGAAAGAUAUUUCCCUCUCAACAAAAUAAAAAAAAAAAAGACUGAAAAUCCAUUCUGGAGAUUUAAAAGAAGAAGAUAAAUAGUUUGGAGGCCCUGGUUACAUUUGGAGUGGUUGAAUUGAAAGUGGACUGACACCGGUCCUGCUCUUCAUUAUUCUGUUUUGGGGAUGACAGUCAGCUCCCCCUGUCCUGCCAUGCAGGUCAGCCUUGAUAUGCACACUAAACCAGAGGAAUGGACUUCUAGUUCUUUUUUGAAAUGAGGAAUAUCAAACUGAGACCUCAUGGAAAUUGACCAUGAAUUAUUUAAUAAAGGUUCUCUAGUUUAAAUGAUGA